CAGGGAUUGAAAGGUUUAAAUCCAGCCUCCACGGCAAUCAACAAUGGCCAAUGAACCAGUGAUUCUGAAUGUGUAUGACAUGUACUGGAUAAAUGAAUACACCUCCACCUUGGGCAUUGGUGUCUUCCAUUCUGGCAUUGAGAUCUACGGCAGAGAGUUUGCCUAUGGAGGGCAUCCCUACCCUUUCAGUGGGAUUUUCGAGAUCACACCUGGCAGUGCGGUAGAGCUUGGCGAGACCUUUAAAUUCAAAGAAUCCAUCGCACUAGGCACCACAGACUUCACAGAAGAGGAUGUGGAUAAAAUUAUGGAAGAGCUGGGCAAAGAAUACAAAGGCAAUGCAUACCACCUGAUGCACAAGAACUGUAAUCAUUUCUCUGCUGCUUUGGCUGAGAUCCUGUGUGGGAAGGAGAUCCCCCGCUGGGUGAACCGCCUGGCCUACUUCAGCUCCUGCAUCCCUUUCCUCCAGAGCUGCCUCCCCAAGGAGUGGCUGACCCCAGCAGCCCUGCAGAGCCACAUCAGCCUUGGCUUGCACAAGGAGGAGCAUGGGGACACAACAGACGAGGAGUCUCCCUCCACCUCUGCCACUCCCUCAGCCUCAGGCGCCUCACGAACCUGUAGACAUACCAGGGUCUGAGCUGUGCCCACUAUGGCCUCUAGUAACAUUCUCCUCUUUGUUGUGCUGUUUCUUCCUCAGUCACCCUUUCGCACACCAUGGUUUCUCCCCUCUUUUCUCUUUUUUCAUCUGACAAAGCAGGGGAGGGAAGACCCCUACUACUGAGGAGGAGAAGCUUCAGGCCCUAUUCAAAAGGCUGCUACUACAGUUACUUGGCAAAAUGAUUGUGAACUCCAACACUGAGCUGAGGAAUGUGGCAACUCUGCUGGAUUCUCCUCCCAGGAUCCCCAUGCUCCUUGAUCCAUGGAGAAUGCUGCUCUCUCAGACAUGAGAGCUCAUGUAGGAGCAGGGAGCACCAUACUGUGAUGUCCCUCCACUAGGACAGUUUUGUCUUUUUAUCUCUUCCCCCGCACACUUGAUCCCAGCAGCCUCCUCUGUAUUUUGGCUUGGAUUGCCACAUGGCGAAUUUCCUGCUUGCACCCAGUGAGGCAGGCAGAGCCAGAACUCAACCUUCUCAUCUCUUAGACCAGCAACAAGCUCCACUCAGCCACAUCCCUUUUGUAAUUAUCAGGUUUCUAAUUCAUGUGAAGGAAUUGAAAGGUGCUGAUGUUCUUACAACUACCAGUUUUCAUUAUUCAAAUUUAAGAGCUCGACUGACUGCCCUGCUCUUGAAAAUAAUAACAAAGAGAACCCAGAAAAUGAAUGUGUUACUAUGGCUUUUCUUCGGGAUUAAAAAAAAAAAAGCUACUGCUUAGAGGCAGCUACUAAGUAAGUGCAGAGAUGACUGUUGUCCAUGUUGGUGCUUUUUGGCACAAACCCCUCUCAGAUCCCCUACUUCUAGGCAGUGUUCCUGGUUACCUUUCUUUUUCCCCAGGCUGGCAAACGUAUCUCCUACCUGACAUUUGCGGGCUGUUUUUGAGGGAAAUGGCCCUCUGGAGCAGUAAGAUAAGGGGAAGAAAUCUACUGGGAAGAUCAGUACUUCUUUCAGCUUUUUCUUCUGCACCCAUAAACAUAAAACAUGUCUCCUGAGCCACCCUUCCCCAGACCAUUGCAGAGCCAACCCAAGAAGGUAAAAAAUAAGUGAUGAACCUGUUUCCUCCUCCUCCCUUUCUGGAGGUGGAGGGGGAAACCUAGGGCCACAUCAAGAAAGCAUGGGUGACCCUUCCCAUGCAUGGGCCACCAUGGUGCCUUCUGUUGUGUGCACUAUAUCACUGGCAUGAAAAAUUGGCAGAGCUGGCUUGUUGGUCUCUCCAGGCAGGUUCUUUAUAUGAAUCUGGGUGUUUCUGUUCAUUCUGAUGGCUGACAAGAAAGCUGAGGAGGGAGAAAAGGAGAGGUAUACCAACCCUUCUACUCAAUUACCUCACCAAGGUUUCAGAAGAUGCAGAAGAGCAUCAAAGGGAAACCCAAGCCUCUCUCCCCCUUCUAGCUCCUCUUGACCACACAAAGGAGGAUAAAAAAGAACAGGUCUGGUGAUGACAGGAGGUUGCAACUUUAGAAACGCUGUUCUCAACAGCUGCUAUCAAGUCAGGACUUUCCCCUCCAUCCAGAAAGAACUGUAAGUCCUUCAGAGAUGUUGUUUCCUUUUACUCUUGAAGGAAAACCAAGAGCAUGCUAAAUCCAACCAGCUGUUUCUUUAGCUCAGGUAUAUAGAAGUGCAUGCUCUCAGUGCUGAAGGUCUUGGCUAUGAUGCACAUCAUGUCUGCACAGACAGUGCUUCAUGUUUUGUUACAUGUGCAUACCUCCAGUGAAAAAGGAGAAAAAUGUGUGUUUGGACAAUGAGCAUUUUACAACGCACCUUCCAUUUUCAUCUUCUGAACAAAUUGCUGCAAGUUCUGUACUGAACUAAAGUUAUACUCCUUAUAAACCUUGGCUACUCACAGUCAGUACUGCAUUGUGAGCAGUUCUACAGCUCCUGGUAUCCAAUCCAGCAACCUGGCUUGUUCCAGGAUGUUUAAUAAGAUUUCCAUCCUGUUUUCCAUUCUGCUGCCCAGAAACAUUACACAAUGUACUGUUGUGUGCUCUUUUCACCUGCAGUCAUGGUCACUGUAGCCUAAACCAGCAAUGCAAGUUCCAUUCGUCUGAAGUUCCCAGGGUGCCUGCCAAUAGCCAGCAGCACAGUAUGUGCAGGGAAUUUUAAAAUCACUUUGUAGGUCCUUCUCUGGAGGUGAGUAAGAAAAGGCUUUCCCAGAGCUUUUGCAUAGACCAGGGAUUCCUGAUCUGACAAAAGCCAGCCAACCAGCACCCUCAGGUUACUAUUCUGCACCUGAGCUCCAGAUAAAACAUCAUUAUACAUUUAGGAGAGAACUACGGCUCCAGUGGCACAUUUCACAAGUAAGACCCUCACAGUAUUCCAAAAGAUAAAAUAUCUAACUGGCUGUGUUGUAACAGACAAGAAAGCUGCACUCAGCCUUCUUGGGGAUGUGGAUAAGUGCUUGAAGUAUUGGGAGUAACACUUGGGGUGAACUGUUGUUGUCAUAAAAACUAGAUGUUUAUCUACUUUUAUGUUUGUCAGUCUUUUAUGUAGGGGUCAUAACAAGGAGGCAUGCAACCUCUGUUGUAAGUCAAAAUGAGAAUAUAUUCCACUCUUCAAAAAGGUUUCUCCUCACCCCUCUCUGUUCAAGGUGAUUGAACAAUGACAAGAACAAAGGGACACUGUGGAAAUAAAAUAUAUAUUGAUAAUAGCUUUAUCUCUGUAAUUUAACAGCAUUUUAGAUUAUUAAAAAUGAAAACAUUUUUAAAGUCUAAUUUACUGCUUAUCUCUGGCACAGCAUGUUUGAUUUAAGCAAAUCUUAUCCUUCUGAACAUAAAAUUAUUGUUAUUAUCAUGUAA